UGGAACCUUUGACAAUCAAGUUGAAAAGUUGAAAAGCCAAAAAAUUAUUUCGUUUAAUACUGUCCUCACUGCCUCUUCGUUCAACAGACAAACACACUUCCGUAAACCCCACGUUUUGAAAUGGCAUUCUGUGGUCGCAUUAACCCCUCGGGAGAAUUCAUCUUCAGGGACGAUAUCUUCAGCACCAGUACCCGCAUCAGACGAUCCUCGUCGUCCAACGAGUCUCCCAAAUCGAUUUCAUCGCCGGAUUCCCUUCCCCAAAACACCAGCACUCGCACUUACGCUAUUACGGAUUAUCCGUCGCCUAAUUCUACGAGUAAUUGGUCUACCAUCUAUGCGGGACUCAAGCGAUCCGAAAGCCAGAACAACUUGGUGCCCCCGCUGUGUCUCAACUCCCCGGAGAGCUCCCUCAACUACCUCAAGCACAUACAAGGAAUAAAGGUGGAUCGCGAGCCAGAGGCUGCCUACGAGAACUGGUACUCGGCCAAGCAGCGGCAGCUCCUGGAAAGACAGCGGCGGCUCAAGGAGGAGCGGGAGUCCCAGCAGCAGCGAUUGGAGGAGCGCAAGAAGCUGGCCAGGAUGUGCUAUGACCAGUGGCUGAAGGACAAGGCUCGCCAGGCGGCGAACCUGCAAGUGGAGACUCAUCUUCAGACCGCGGCCAUGAAGGCCGGCUUGGCGCUGAGCAAGGAUCCCCUGGUAUCCGCAUCCAGCACUUUGUGCCCAUCUGGCUCAGCGAACUCUUCGGCGGUGGCGACCAACAGGACCAUUCGCAAGGUGUCCAAGGACGAGAUCCGCAAGGUCGUCGAGGACUGGUGGCUUAAGAAGCAGCGGCAACAGCAGGCUCAGCGCGAGGAGAAACGUAGGGCCAUGGUGUCCAGGGCGCUGGAGGAGGAGCGGCGCAAGCGACUCGCGCAGGUUGCCUGGGAGAAGUGGAUGAGCAACGUGGACGCGAAGCCCAAGCCGGUGCCCCUCAAUCAGGGCCUGGACUCCCUGCGAGGCACCGUCUCGCAGCUCUACGUCAAUCCCACACCCUGGAUGGAUAACCUAAAGCCAUCGCAGAAGUAAGCCGUUCAAUCGGCCACUCCAUUCAGAUUCCAUUCGUCGAAGCAAACUUUAUCAGUGAUUCAAAUUGUCCACAAAUUGUUAAAAUAUAGAAACAUUCUCGUUCAGCUUUUGGGAAAAGCAUA